ACUGUAAGCCCUGGAAAACAUUCACCAUCUAAACAAAAACACCUACAGAAAGACAUUGAUUACACGUCCCCUGUGUAAAAAGCCAAAGAAAGGCAAUUGUGACCACAUGGCUUUACAUGAUGACUGAGCUGUGCCAAAACCACCCACUAAAAAUAGCACAUUCAGGAGGCCUAUGUGAAAAUUGUCAAAAUGGAUAAACCAGCUGCAGUUCGAAGCUCGCUGCAACCAUUGCCACGUGUGUGAUAACCCAGCGGAGUAAGAAGCACGUUGUAUCAGCUGAGAAAACAACCACUUUGGUUCAGAUUGAAUCUCUAGUCAUUGCUUCUCACAGAACAUACACUAAGCAUGGAGUAGAAGAGAACGGCAGGAUUUAAAAAACAAGAUACUGUAAAAGCCAAGGCUAUGACUGACACAAUAUAUAAUUAGCUGCAGUGUAAUCUAGUCCAACACUUAGAUAAGAAUAAACAUGACAUGUUAACAUUUUUCUUGCAAUGGUUCUCUUUCUAAUAUGGACAGAUAACUAUCUUGGCUAACUAUGAGCACCACCACAGUGAAUCAGACGGACUGCCCCGACGUGAAGGUUCCUGUCCCUCUCUUCUUCACCAUCGGUGUGGUGAGCCUGGCUGAGAAUCUGCUGGUUGUGGUGUCCGUCAUACUCAACAGGAACCUCCACUCCCCCAUGUUCUGCUUCAUCUGCAGCCUGGCAGCCUUCAACACCAUGGCCAGCCUCACUAAGACCUGGGAGACCCUGAUGAUUGUGUUUGCCAACGUGGGCCAGCUGGAGAAGAAAGGUUCCUCUGAGAUGAAACUGGAUGAUGUGAUGGACUCCUUGCUGUGUAUGUCCUUCGUUGGCUCCAUUAGCAGUUUCCUGGCUAUUGCUGUGGACCGCUACAUCACGAUCUUCCAUGCUCUGCGAUACCACAACAUCAUGACUAUGCGGCGCACAAAGGCUAUCUUGGGGGUAAUCUGGAUAACAUGCGGGGUGUCAGCCGUGCUCAUGGUGGGGUUCUUCCAAUCCAAGUUCAUCAUGAUCUGCUUUGUUGCCUUCUUUGUCGUCUCCUUGGCAAUUAUCUGCUUCCUCUACUUCUACAUGUUCAUGAUGGCACGCAUCCAUGCCGGAAAGAUUGCUGCCCUGCCCAGCAGCAGUGGGGGGAAGUUUGGCCGCCAGCGGUGGAGGGGCAGCAGCAUGAGAGGGGCCCUGACUCUGACCAUCCUGUUUGGGGCGUUCGUUGUGUGUUGGACGCCGUUUUUCCUCCACCUCAUUCUCAUCAUGGUGUGCCCCAUGAACCCGUACUGUGAGUGUUACCGCUCCCUGUUCGAGCUGCACAUGGUGCUGAUGAUGAGCCACGCCGCCAUCGACCCGGCCAUCUACGCCUUCCGCAGCGCCGAGCUCAGACACACCUUCAGAAAGAUGCUGCUCAGUUCAGACUGUAAGCAGCGAUCAUAGAGAACAUCUAUUGGCACCUUUUGUUUAUCCAAAAGCGCAGUUGCUCUUUACGUGCACACUGCUCUAAAUUCAUUUGUUGCAUAUAUUCAGUGUUGCGAAAGCUAUUUGAGGGCAUAGCUUUGCAAGCCACCAACAUGUAUUCACACAGGAAGAAGUUGAACUACAGCAAAGCUACCCUAGACAAAUGAAGUUCGGCUAACUAAAGAACCCUUAGAUGCACGAGUGACUGG